GUGCUGAUGUCGUAGACUGGUUAUACACUCACGUAGAAGGCUUCAAAGAGCGUCGAGAAGCUAGAAAAUAUGCAAGCAGUAUGUUGAAGCAUGGCUACCUCAGACACACAGUUAACAAGAUCACCUUCUCAGAACAGUGCUACUAUGUAUUUGGAGACCUGUGUGGUAAUGUGGCAGCACUAAAUCUUAACGAUGGGUCCAGUGGUACGUCUGAUCAGGACACACUGGCUCCCCUCCCGCAGUCAGCUGCUCCCUGGCCUAUAGGUCAGGGAUAUCCCUACCAGUAUCCUCUAGCACCGCCAUGCUUCCCCUCAACAUACCAAGAGCCAGGAUUCAGCUAUGGCAGUGGCAGUGCAGGAAGCCAGCACAGUGAAGGCAGUAAAAGCAGUGGCUCCAGUCGCAGCAAUAGAGAGGGAAAAAGAUCAUCCGGCCGAGAGAAGGACCGCAAGUCCACUGGCAGUGGCAGCGGAUCUGAUCGUGCCCCCAGCAGCGGAGGAAGAAAAAGUGAAAGGCCAGUGAGCCAACAUAGUCACCGGAGUCAUAGCUCAGUGCCACGUAGCGAACGCAGUCACCGCAGCAGCCACCACUCUCAUGGUCCCCCGGGUCUACCCCCACUUUAUAGCCUGCCAAAGAUUGGGAGCAAGGUGUAUGGAACCAGCGGACCCCCAGGGGGACCCCCUGUCCGAGAGCUUGGAAGUGUUCCCCCAGAACUGACCGGAAGCCGACAAUCCUUUCAGAAGGCCAUGGGAAACCCCUGUGAAUUUUUUGUGGACAUCAUGUGACAACCAAAGUGCCUUCUGAGUCAGCCACUAGAACCCCUAAGAAAGCUUAGAAUUUGAAAAAUUCCUUAUAAAAAAAGGAUUAGCACUGCCAUAUCCAGCUGCCAAGCCAUAACGAAUGGAAGAACUGAAUGCAGCUCCACUGUACGAUGAGAGAAGGUUUUAGAUGUACAGGUCUGUAGCACAUUUUGAAGAGGUCCUCUGAAAAAGACACAAGCCUACUAAUGUCCAUCGUCCUGCCAUUCUGAGUAACCCUGGGUGGUUGCAGAGUUUUAAGUCUUAACUGCCCAAUGAAUUCAAUGGAAGUGUAUACAGUUUGGACAUUCCUCAAAAUGCACUUUCUCUUAGGUAGUUAAUGGCCAAAAAAGUAUCCCUGGUAUUGACCAUGAAUACUGUGAGCAGUAGCAGCUCCUCAUGAAUACCAUGAUGUUUUAAAGGGGCUCUGCUGAAAUAUAAUAGUUCAAAUAACAGACCAGUAGACAUGAUCACACUCUAGAGAAGGGGAUUGUCCCAUCCAUAUGAAAGGCCAAAGAUUAUGGACAGGAUAAACAACUCCUUUCCUUGAAGUUGUGAACCUGGAAAAUUAACACUUUUCACACUUGCGGCAGAGUAUUCUGGCAGGCAGUUCCGUCGCCGGAACUGCCCUGCCGGAUCCGGCAAUCCGGACGCAAACUGAUAGCAUUUGUCAGACGGAUCCGGAUCUGUCUGACAAAUGCAUUGAAAUACCGGAUCCGGUAAGCGUAGACCGAAAAGCCUGGUCCGUUUUGCCGGAACACUUAAUGCCGGAUCCAGCACUAAUACACUUCCAUGUAAAUUAAUGCCGGAUCCGGCAUUCCGGCAAGUGUUGAGUAUUUUUGACCGGAGAUAAAACUGCAGCAUG